AUUGCCACCGUCACCGUCUCCAAUCCCUCUAAACUCAACAUCGUGAACUCGCCGAUUCUAGAGCAACUAAUUGCAUCAUGCAACGACCUCGCCCAGGACUCUUCUCUUCGAGCUGUUGUGCUCACAGGCGGCCAGGCACCAUCGGGCAAAGUGCCCUCCUUCAUCGGCGGCGCAGACAUCAAGGAAAUGUACCAGCUCCCUUCAUCAUCCGAAGCCAAAGCUUUCAUCACCCGCAUACACCAAGCUUGCCAAGCCCUUCGUGACAUUCCCGUCCCCGUCAUUGCGCGCAUCCACGGCCUUUGUCUCGGCGCUGGUCUUGAGAUCGCAGCUGCUUGCGAUCUGCGAGUGGCGACCAAGGACAGCACCUUCGCAAUGCCAGAGGUCAAGGUAGGCAUUCCUUCCGUGGUCGAAGCUGCUCUGCUGCCUAGCUUGAUUGGGAUGGGGAGAACGAGGAGACUGCUGUACCUUGCCGAGACUCUAGAUGCCAGGAUGGCUGAGCAAUGGGGCUUGGUGGAAAAAGUUGUAGACAAUGAUGUCGAGCUGGACCGAGCGGUCGAUGAGUGGACUGGGCAGAUUGUGCAAAUGGGACCUAAAGCUAUCAGAAGUCAGAAGACGUUGAUGCAGCGGUGGGAAAACAGUACGAUUGACGAAGGUAUCGCCGCUGGGGUCGAAGCCUUCGGUGAAGCUUAUGAGGCUGGUGGCAAGGAGCCUAGGGAGCACAUGGGUAGAUUCAUAAAUCGCAAGAAGUGA